AUGGGCGAAGUGUUGAAAGAAUGGUUUAGAAAGACAUUAGGAGUGUUGAUGGAACUAACGCCGGAAUUGUUCGGACAUUACACGAGAGACGGCAAUAUGUUGGCUAAAAUUCUUCACACUUACGGGAUCAUCAAUAACGAUCAAUUGGAUACGAUCAUUCAGACGGAAGAUCCUACUUUAUGUAGAGUGAACUUGAACUAUUUACGCCUUUGGUUACGUUUUAUCGGAAUUGACUGUAGCGAAGAUUGCAUCAAUGAGAUCAGCUGUGGUAAGGGCGCGACGGCACUUCAAUUAUUCUACAAAGUAUAUCUUUGCUUAGAGGGCAAAGACAAUUUGUACUUUGUCACGUUGCAAAAAGAACGAGAAAAAUAUAUUCCUAAUUCAAGGAAAUUCGACGUGAUACCAAUCCAGGAAGAACCUUCUUCUUACGAACCACCCGAUCAUCCUCUAUCGAAGCCUCUAACAAAGGCUUCCAGUACGAUAAAAUGGCAUCGUAAUAAGUUCCAAGAUGUAUUGAAAUCUUGCAGAAGAGAGAGAAAAAAGUUAGAGAGCUUGAAAAGGAAACCAUUGAAUAAAAUCGAUAUCAUUGAACCUAUCCUACCAAAAGUAUUUUGUGACACGACGAAGGGAGAUGAUAUUUUAAAAGAGAUGGACGAUUUUGCUCGAAAGCAUCGCAUUAAAACGUCCAAACGUGACGUAUAUGAUCCCUGUCUGACCGAUCAAACGUACGAUGAGAUAGAAAUAUCCGCGGAGGAUCCCGAGGCUGCGAAAGCUUAUGUAUCCUGGUUGAAAGAUCGCAAAAGAAAAGAGAACGUCGAGAAUGCUGUAAAAUCAAGAAUGCAAAACAUGCUGCUCUCGGAACUUUGGAAAGCGUUGUCCGAUAAGCAAGAGAAAAUUUACGAUGAGACGCUCGCUCGUCGUGCAUUGGAUUAUUCUCAUUAUGAGAAACAAAUGAUAACUAAAUUGUUGGAGGUACGUAAUUACAAAAAUGUUGUAACCGAGAACAGAAAGAUCGUGAAUCAAUUGAUGAUGGACGCUAAGGAGAGCAAAAUGCGAAUGGAGGAGGUACGAAAGCGCGAGGAACUCUAUUGGGAAUCCGAGGAUGUUGACAGCGAGUAUCAGAGAUUGUGCGAGCUACAUCGGAGGAUUCUUAAGGAGAAAUUAAAAAAAUUACGGGAAAAACACGAACGUAUCUGUCGAGAGGCCGUUCAAGAUUUGAUCGACGUCGCGUUAAAGGUAGCCGAAUAUCGAAGCUCCAACGAAGGUUACGUACCAAAGGUUAUUUGGAAGGAAUGGAAGACGUUGUUUCUAAAAUGUCAACCUAUAUUCGAACCCUUCGAGGAUGAAUUUUUCAAAGACGAAGAGGCCGAGAGGAUAGAAGAGAUCGAAGAAAUUGUUCGUUCAUUGAUGUACAGGGAAGAAGCUUUGAACGAAGCUAAUUUCGAGAGUUAUCAUACUUUGCAAUCACCGUGGGACGAUUACGUACCUCCGAUAGAAACUGAGAUCGAAGAAAUCAUGAAAUUGGGCGAACUCGUCUUAGGAUACAUCGUUCAUCGACUUUUAGAAUUCGUUUAUCCAUAUCCGAUUGGUCCUUUAGAACCUCCGGUAUCUAAGGUCAAAACCGCUGCUAUAAUAUUGGGUGUCGUAGAGCAAAGUUUGUACAAUCCUAUUCAAUUAUUAUUGGAAAAGAGCGGGAUUCGUUUGGUAUCGAUGAAGGACGCUAUUAAUUAUUGCUUGUUACGAUACAAGGAAGAAAUGUUGGACGUGAGAUACGUCGAUGCGAAUAUCGUUCGAGCUACCGAAGAAAUUUUUCAAAAAUCGACCGUAUCGAAACGCAAGUCCGAGGAUUCGAAGAAGAAUACGUUUACGGCUCGAUCGAGGAAAACCCUUCGAUCUAGUAAAAUCUCGGCAAUGACUAAAGAUAAAAAUGAGAAAGGAACAAAUGUCGAGAAAGAUUUGAAGGAGAAGGAAACUCAGACACCUCGUGUUAUACCUUACGACGACAUGGAUCCUAUUCUGUCAAAUGUUGCCUACGUUGGAAAAUGGACCUAUGAGUUUCUCAUCCUUGGUCAGCCGAUUUCGAACGAGCUUAACACGCGAAUACUCUUGGAGUAUCUCAGGAGUCUCGGUGAUGUCGAAGGAUGGGCAUUGAUCGAUUAUCCGAAUAGUUACGAUCAGAUGGCUCGUUUGGAAUACGCUUUAACAGGUCGUAAAAUUCCACCGGAUCCGACUGUCGUAAACUUCGAUAACGUUAACAACAUCGAGGAAAUCGAUCCGGUUUCACCGAGGAUAGUUUACGAGGAUACUGAAAUCGACGACUACGCUAUUUACAGGCAAUCGAAACUUUUGCCAAAUCCGAUCGCGAAGAGAGAGAUCUCGGAUACGACGACGUCGAGGAGCUUCAUGACGGCUUACGUCAGAGCAAUACCAAAGCCAAAGGAUCUCGACGUAGACCCGAACAAUCUGGUAGAAGUCUUGUCCGAAGAUGCGACCGUUCUUGACGAGUUUUAUGCCGAUCAGAGCGUCGCGUACGUCGUCUAUUACGAUUACUUCGACAUACACACGAUAAAGAAAAUUGCCAGGCUCGUGAUCGGAGAAAAAUCCUUACCGAGGACACCAUCCGUAGAGCUUUUCGGGAAUGUCGUUGCGUCGUUGGAAGAAGAAGAUAAAAAUUUGAAUAGAAAAGCGUUCCUCGAGAAGAAGUCUAUAGCCAGACGGAUUCUAUCCAAGUCGACUAUCGUCUCGAAAGAGAAAGAAGAAGAAGACGAACGGAGGGAGGGGGAGGGAGAGGAGGAGGAGGAGGAGGAGAAAAUGAAAAUGGACGUCGAAGCUUCUGGAGAUUACAUCGAUGUUUCACGAGCACCGAAACCCGGAGAAGAUGGAUGGGAAUGGAUAGAUUUUCCACAGAGUCCGGUACUGCUCGAUGCUCUGGCUACUCUUUGGGAAAACAUUGAAGAGAUUUACAUCGUCGAUCUGAUGGAAAUUUUCUCGUUAAAGAGAACACACUCCUCGGCUAUCAUACCUUACAAGGAUUUCGUAAUGAGAAACAUGAAGGAAUUCAUCGAGAGACCCGACACCAAACGGAUUCUCUUGGAAGAAUUUCAACGUUCGUACAAUGACGACAUAAGCGAGGACAUGAGAGACGACGAGGAAGUUAAAUGCGAAUUGCAUUGUCGUCUAACUGACUUUCAAACUCAUCUAUGGAAUAUUUGUGAUUCAAGAAGGUUAGAGGCCGAAGAGGAACGUCAGAAGAUCGUUCGAGAAGGUUGGACCGACGUUGAAGCCGUGACUCUCGUUAAUAUAUACAUUUCGAUUCUUCAGACCGAAAUCGAUCGAUCCGUCGAUACUCUUCAAAUGAUUCAAGAUUAUUAUAUGAGCAUGCUUCAAAAGCCGAUUCAAGAAUCGAGAUUAUCGAAAAUUUUACUCGACAGACUGAAGAUAUCGCAAAAGGAUGAGGUAUCCCAUCUACCGAGUAAGCUAUCUCAUUUUCACAUAGAGAAAGAUAAAAAAAAUAAAAAGGAUACUAAAUCGAGAAUUGAUUCGGAGAGAUUCGAUUAUGCCAAACCUAUUAUUGAUCCGAACGAGAUCACUCGUGAGAUCACGAAUUUAUUCGUCAACGUCGAAGACGAGAUGACAAUUUUCGAUUCAUCCGAGAGCAUCGUUUACAAAGCAAUUUCCGAUAAUGUCGAUUACGUUAGAAAUUUUUUACAAUUUAUCGCAAACAUUGUCAAUGAUACAUUAAAAAAGGAAGAGAAUAUUCUGACAACUCCAGAGAAAUCCAGAGAAAGAACAUGGAGAAAGGGUGAACUUUCGGCCGAACUUUCUAUCCUUGAAAAAUUGAGGACGAGAGGUCAGGAUCUUAUUCAAGAAUGGCGAUACGCUACUCUCUACGAAGUCAAUCGUAUGAGGAUCAGGUUGAAGGUACUUUUAGCAGCCGCCGAAGCUGACGUUGCUUUUCUCCUCGACACGAUGAGAUUCGUCUUUCGUCGGAUCUACGAACGAAUAGUCGACAGAUAUAGGAAAGAGAAGAAUAGCGUGGACGAUAUGAUAAAGGUCUUUUGUUUCGCCAUCGAAGAAGAGAAACCGAUUCAAGAAGAAUUAAUAUUGGACGGUGAAAAUUUCUACGUUAGAUCCGACGUUUUGAUGUUUCCAACGAAACCCGAGCCACCACCGAAAUUAACGAGAGAAACGAUAAAGCCAUCUCUAUUCACGAUCUCCCAAUUGGGUCGUCUGAUGAACGUCUUUAGAACAAUCGCACCGAGUGGAACGUUGCCCGAACGAUCUCUCGUUUAUGUUCUUCAAGACAUGAUAUCUUACAACAAGGAGGAAGAGGACGAUGGUUAUGGAUCGAUGCCGGUUCCCAUGUGUUGGCGACUUUUGCGUUCUUGCGACGUUUCAAAACUCGUAGAGAAUAUAUUUGGUCGUUGCGAGUACGUAGAUUGGCGUGAAUUCCUUAUAUACGCUAUGGAUCUUCCCACGCCAACACAAGAAGACAUUCUAUGCGCUCGCGAUAGAUAUAGAACGUUAGAUCUCGAUUCGAAAGAGAUCGUGACGAGAGAUCAGUAUCGUUCUGUACCAUUAUGGUUCUUCAAAUAUACGUAUGAUACUUCAUCGGACAUUCAGCAUAUAUUAUUCGAUGAUUUUCAAAGAUCAUUCGAAGAAUUAUUCGAAGAGGAAAAGGAUUUCGUUAAUCCUGACAAAUUGUUGGGCACUAUCAUUCCGGAAAGGGCAAUGGAUUACGUGCGUUCCUUAAGAGUUUCUAGGGGAAUUAAUGACGAUGUACUAUUAGAGGACGAGGAGGAGAAGAUAAUGGUCCAGAGGGAUGCCGAGGAGGCUUUGAGAUUCAUGUUGGCGAAAGAGUUGCUUUGUCAGAUGUACUUGAUCGAUCGAUAUUCGGUCAAUUAUACAGCUUUGCUCUUGGCAUUUUGCAAGGACGAGGAUCCUCGCGAGGGACUUGGAAAGGCACUCUCGUUAGCUAUCGGGGCUAGAGUGUGCACGGACUUCGAAGAGGGAGAGAAAUACGCCGAGAGGAUACUCAAAGAGAAACUAUUAUCCAUCCAAUUGGAAUCUAUGAAACGUCUUUUGCACGAAGAAGCAAUUCAAGUAAUAUUAAUUGAUACACUCUUAAUCACCUUGAUAGCUACAGAGAUAACAAAUCUCCUCUUUGACAAUGCUGUUGCCGAUGUGAUAAUAACGGAAGAAAAAGAAGAAUACGUAAAAAGAAGUGUAGUCGUAAUUCAGAAGCUUGAUGGAUCCGGCGAGUUUGAUAUUUCGACGUUAUUUCGUGAUAUGUCGGAUACGGAACAACGAACGAAUUCGAGUAGUGACAGCAAAAAUGAACUUGAAGCUAUGAUGUUUGAGAGUUAUCAAGAAUUUGAAGAAAGAAUCGAAAGAGAGAUGAUUCAUUGGCUGCCGUUUCACGUUUGCAUGGCAGUUUUAUUGGCUACCUUACCCUGGCACGCUUCCCAACCAGAUCUCUUUCAAACGACGAAAACUCUUCCUCAAUUAUUGCGUGACGUUUACGAUGACCUUUACGACGAAGAGCUGUCGAACGAAAAAGACAUAGUAUUGUCGCAUCGUUUCUUGAAUCACAAUUUCAUUAUGAAAUUGUUGAAUAGUACGAGCAAGUUCGUUGUUAAACAUCUCGGUAAUUUGUUUUCUGAAAUAAUAACGGAGGAACGGGAAAGGACUCCUCCAUAAACUUA